CUGGGGGCGGGGUCUGAGCCAAUCUCUCCAGCCGCUGGUCCUUUGAGGGCUACUCAGCUUCCGCCAGUUGGCUUUAGCUUUCUGCAACUCUCUGCCUUCCAACAUGCCUGGUCCGACCCCCAGUGGCACAAACGUGGGCUCCUCAGGGCGCUCUCCCAGCAAAGCAGUGGCCGCCCGGGCAGCGGGAUCCACCGUCCGGCAGAGGAAAAAUGCCAGUUGUGGAACAAGGAGUGCAGGCCGCACGACCUCAGCGGGCACUGGGGGGAUGUGGCGAUUCUACACAGAAGAUUCACCUGGGCUCAAAGUUGGCCCUGUUCCAGUAUUGGUUAUGAGUCUUCUGUUCAUCGCUUCUGUAUUUAUGUUGCACAUUUGGGGCAAGUACACUCGUUCAUAGAUUCGGCUACAUCCAUCUGUCUUUCAUCCGAAGAAGAAGGAAAAAACCCAACAUAUCUUGGACCAAAAGCAUAGUGAUUUUUUGUUCAUGAGACAGAAAUAUUCUGUAAGCUUACUGUUUUACAGGGAAAUUAAUGAGAAUUGAUUUUGAGGAAUCAAUUUUUUUUCCUUUGGCUAAUAAACUUUUUAAUUAUUUUAUAC